UUGUGUAUGCCUAUGCAACAUGCUCGUGAUAGCCGACGAGGCCUUACAUAUAUCCACAAAGCGUGCUUCUAACAUGUUCAACCUCAUCACAUUCACCUAUUCUCGCAGCCAAGAUGAACAUGUUAGCACACAACGCGAUGACAGACAACUCAUUCCAACUCGUGUAUCGAAUCGCACAGCUCGAGACGGAGUUGCGAUUCACGCAGGAGAAGUUAGGUCAGGCUGAAGGCGCCAAUGCCUAUCUCCUUCAGCAACUCGCUUCUCUUGCGUCAUCGCCGGACCUUGCUCAACAGUCCCAACCCAUUUCGCGAGGGAACCUCCUUGAGUGCUCAGAUGACAUUGUCACCAAGCCUCUGGCCAAUGAACCUCGAGAUGAUCGCGAGCGUAGGACUCAGCUCAGCGGUAGCCUUCCUGUCACCCUGAACGCAGCGACCUUGGGCGAUGCUGAUCCACAUGCCUCGAGAUCUGGCCAGAGUCUCUCGAGCAAGCUACAACGUGCCGACGAUUCGACUGUGACUCAGCAAGGUAAAUCUGCUAUCGAAGAUAAGACGAGAAAGCUGGUCGAGCCAAGGUCGUUACCGCAGGACAGGAAAGAUAGCACAGGUGUUGUAAGCCAUGUCACAAGUAUUCCGGGACCGCAUACGAGGACCAGAGAGGUCUUUCGUCAAAGCAUGCCAGGCUCGCGUGUCCACCUCCAGUACAAUCAUCUGCUAGGAGCUGCUUGCUUCAUUGAAGAUAUGGAUGCUCAUGGCAAGUCGGAACACUGGCAAAAGUUCGCACGCGAUUUUCCAUACGCCAGUGCUGCGCAAUGGGAAUCGUAUUAUGAAUCUGAUAUUCGCCCUGGAUAUCUUGCGAAGCAGCGUGCUCGUGAGCCUGCCGCACCUUCGCCGAUCAGACCUGCCCUUGACAACCAUGGUCAUGUAUUGUCUGUCGAUGCUGAAAGGGUUCCGGGCAAUAAAGGUGAGCUGCCAGUUUCGCAACAGCAGCAGGAGGGACGAGGCGCGGGAGAGAAUCCGCCGACUUUGAAGCGUGUCGAUUCUUUGACCCAUCUGGAUGAGCUCUUGAUAACAUUCGACGAAGUCGAUGACAAAGUCGGCGCAGAGUUGCCACCUGCUGUCGAAGUAGAGAUGGCACUUCCGCCGCCUCCGGCUGUGAUGCCGACUCCUCUCUUGAGAGAUAGACCUCGUGUGGCACCGCCACUCGAAGUCAAUCAGCUCUUCUACAACGCACCCGCAGCUGAUGUGUUUCCCUUCCGUACGGCGUUGGUUACUGAUGUGCCCCCAGGCACCGGCCUCGACUCGGCGCUGAACAGUAUCAAACUCUCAGACAUAGUCUCUGCAAAGUAUAUCCGAACUUCUGGGAUGAAGCUCAAGAUUGGCAUGGUCAACACCGACACCAUCAUGAUCGUUUUCAGAUGUGGCGAGCGCCUCAAAAAUAUGGUAGAUCAAUCCGAAGGAAAAUUGCCAAUCUCGUCACAGGGGCCUGACCAAAUGACCGCGUCGAUCAGCAUCAUUCGAGUCGCCACACACCCGGUGCGCUUGAACAUGGUCGGCAGUACUGAGCUUGCAUUUCGAUAGAUGCUGUUCGCUGAGAUUGCACAGAUGCAAGUCGAGAAGCGCGAGCACAUUGAGGAAGAACAAAAAGGAGUACAAGGGCUGCAACGGUAUUUGACGAUCUUGAU